AUGGCUCCUCUCAACCCAAAGACAGCCCAUAGGGAAUUCUUCGGAGUUCCAGGGGCGCUUGCAAUUGCCAUUUUUUUGCCCAUUGUCACGGUGUUCUUUCAGUUUGUCAUCAAUGAGUCCUACUCAGUCAAAGGUAUCAACCUUGAUCUUUCGAAAGUGGCAGCCCAGCUACCUAAAACCUGGGACGAAGUGAAGAGUAUCUGUUUCGACAAAAACUGCUGGCUAGCUUACUUUGCAUGGUAUUCGAUUCUUGCAGUUUUGGACGUUUACUCUCCAGGCAAAGAUAUUCCAGGAGUAGUAUUGAGAGAUGGAUCCACGUUGACCUAUCGUAUUAACGGCAUCUCCAUGUCUGCUACUCUUAUUGUUUUGUUGUUGGCUAGACUAUUCACAUCACCUACAUACUUCGUGCCUGAAUUGCAGUUCUUGUACGACAACCAGCUCCAGUUGAUAAUGGUCACUAUCCUCUUCUCGUACUUUUUAUCAUUUGCGGUAUAUUUUGGUUCUUUCAUCCCAUUGAGAAAGCCAAAUAAAGUGGGCACCAACGAGAGAAUCUUAUCCAUCAACGGCAAUUCUGGAAACCCCAUUUACGACUGGUUUAUCGGACGCGAGUUGAACCCAAGAAUUGGAGUAUGGGACAUCAAGUUGUUCAACGAACUCAGACCAGGAAUGCUCUUGUUGCUCUUGAUCAACUUGUCUUGUAUCCAUAAUCAAUACCAUACCACCGGAAAGGUCGCGGAUUCGAUCAUUUUGGUAAACUUCCUCCAGGCCUUCUACAUCUUCGACGGAGUUUUGAACGAGGAAGGAUGUUUGACCAUGAUGGAUAUCGCUACUGACGGAUUUGGCUUCAUGCUUGCAUUCGGCGAUUUGGCCUGGUUGCCUUGGACAUACUCGCUCCAGGCAAGAUACUUGGCCUUGCCAGAAAACUACUAUGAGUUGGGUUGGACUAAGACUGGCCUCAUUGCUGCGCUUAGUUUCACAGGCUACUACAUCUUCCACUCGGCCAACCAGCAGAAGUCUGACUUUAAGAAAGGUAAAUUGAAUCACUUGAACAGCAUAUCGACUCCUACGGGUUCAAAGUUGCUCGUGGACGGCUGGUGGAAACUCAGUCAGCACAUCAACUACUUUGGUGACUGGCUCAUUGGAUGGUCGUGGUGUUUACCUACGGGAGGCAUGACUGUACUCACCUACUUCUAUGUAAUCUACUUCGGCACCUUAUUGGUGCAUCGCCAGACCAGAGACGAGGCCAAGUGUCGGGACAAGUAUGGCAAAGCAUGGGAGCAGUACGAGAAGGAAGUGCCAUACAAAAUUAUUCCAUAUCUCUACUAG